AUGAAGAGACUACAAGGAGUCAAUGUAAUGGACUACUCACUCAUCCUUGUCGUGGACACGGAUAGGAUGGAAUUGGUGGGUGGAAUCGUUGACUUUCUCGUCCCCUACGAUUGGAGAAAGAGGCUGGAGUCAGCGGCCAAGUUAUCGGUGCUCAAGAAGCCGACUGUGAUCCCACCUGCGGAGUACAAGAAACGGUUCCUUGAGUUCAUACUCAAGAAGCUUCUUGCUGUGAAAGAGGCCUCUUCCUCUGUUGAGGCUUUCACACCAACUACUUUUAAAUCUUUAAUAAUAGAGUCUACGAUUGUGUAG